AUGGCGCCGCCCCCUCCUUAUUUUUCUUCCUCUUCUUCUUCCCCUCCAACUCCCCCCACUUCUUUUUCUUCCCUUUUUAGCUCCCCUCCUAUAGAUGAAGCUAGCUUUCCACCUUCUCAAAUCCCAUCUUUAUCUCCAUCACCCGCCCCUUCCAUCUGCACUACUGCUUCAACCUCUUCAACCUCUUCGUUUUCUUCUUCGUCUUCGUCUUCAUCCUCCAUCCAUUCGUAUUCACGACGUCCACAAGAAAGACCACCUGCUGCCGGUAGAUUCAAGGUAAUACGCAGAGCUCGGCUAAAGGGUGCACGCCCUUCCAAUCCCAACUUGGAACAGCCAGACACUCGCCUGUCCGAAAACAUGCCUAGUGUGGUCUUUCAGGAACGAGAAUCCGAGCUUGGAGAUUCUCCCUACCAAGCUCUAGAUAAGAGCAUUUCCGACGCUCCAGGACAUCCAAGUAUCCCGUUAACCAGUCCAGCUGAUGAAGAUGAUGAAUCAUAUCUACUAUUCGCCGAAAGGAGAACCAAACCGGAUCAAAAGCUCAAAAUAUAUGAUCUUCCGUCCAAUAUUACCACACUUGAACUCUAUUCUUGCUUCUCCCGCUAUGGGAACAUCGAAGAUGUGGAAAUUUGGGAAGACGAUAAACAGAAAGGUAGAAGAGGGCCUAAGUGGUUUGACGAGCCUCCUCUUAAGGGUGCAACCAUCAGAUUUCGUCCCCCUCCUAAAGGGAGUCUUCCUACUGGAAGGUCCGAAAUAACAAUAAAAGGAGGAGAACCACAUCUUGUGAGGCUUCACUUAGAACAUCCUCGGGACACCCUAACAAUCGAAAGCCCCGUCAACAGAGCUCUUCGGUUCCCUGAAUCAUUUGAACUCCCUGUCCAAAGGUUGGACUUCGGCUUCAUGAUCCAGGAAACGACCAUGAUGUCAAUGUAUGCUGUAGAAGCAUCUGAAAGGGGAGUUUGGAGAAAGCCGCUUGAUAUCCUCUUCCAAGUCGACCUCUCAAGAAAACAGCUCGACAUUCGGUUUGGUUUGAGAUUCGAUGCUUCCGGUGGAGGCAAAAAACGCCAACCGAAAUACCGAAUGAGAAUUCCAUUCGUCGCAUUGCAGAGUCUAUAUGAAGCUACGCCCGACAACCAAAAUGGGGGUUCUCGUUCAAUUCUGAUCCCAUUACAGUACCCUCCCCACGUUUGGCGACAACUAUUCGACUUUAGCCUCUCGCACAAGACCGACAACCCUCACUGGUCAGAAUGGAAUACCUGGUUUCGUCAAACGGAUAUUGUCGAAAACAGCGAGGAAUUCAGAAUGGAGCCUUUGGCCAUACGCAAAAAGAAACCCACUAUUGACAUCGGACGUUGGACAACAUACAGAUUGACAUUUGGACAAGGGAGUUCCCUAGCCGAUGACUUCAAUCAUAUGAUCCGGGCGCUCAAGGACUUCAACAUCCCCAUGAAGCAUAUGUCAGAUUUUAAACUGAGCGAGGAUAAAAAUCUGCCAGUUUGGGAUGUAAUUGAUCGUCCUACGCCCCUCUCGGAGGGAAGCUAUCUUGGGCACAUGUUGGACGAUUACAACUGGGCAUCUCUUACAUACCCUUUGCGAUACCAGCUGGAAGCAUGCAUUUCUCAAGGUUGCGUUUCGGAAUACAACGUUUCGAAGGAGUUCAUCGACGAGCUUAUUGCAAUUGAGGAGCGUGAGCCGAACCUGGCGGUUAGAAUACUCGAAACCGUCGUUGAUUCUGGUAAACGUUAUUACGACCCAAUGGAGAUUUUGGAUAUAAAGCCGGAGAGGAGAUCCACAGCCCAGAUUCCGAAGUAUUGUGUUGAAACAAGGAAGGCUACUAUCACCCCAACCAUGAUUUACUACGCGAACCCCGUCGUCGAAACCUCCUACAGGGUAAUACGACACUUUUUCAACCACAAAGAUCGAUUUCUCAGGGUCCAGUUCACAGAUGAAAAACUUCACGGCAAGAUAUCCGCUACCGAGCUCGAUACCUCGCACGAACUUUUUACUCGCGUUUCGAAGGCAUUGAAUAAUGGCAUCAAGAUUGGCGAUCGCCACUUCCAGUUCCUUGCCUUUGGAAAUUCACAACUACGCCAACAUGGCGCCUACUUCUUUGCUGAUGGUCCUGAUUUGACAUGUGAUGAUAUCAGGAAAUGGAUGGGGAAAUUUGAGAAGAUCAAGGUGGUUGCAAAGUUCUCAGCUCGUUAUGGACAGUGUUUCUCAACUACUCGUGCGAUGAAUGGCUUCAAGGUUAAGGACAUCACAAUCCCCGAUGUAGAGAGGAAUGGAUUCUGUUUUACAGAUGGCUGCGGAACGAUUUCCUCGUCAGCCGCACAGCUAAUUGCCGCCGAAUAUCGGAUCCCUCGAGAAUCACCAUUACCUUGUGCUUUUCAAUUUCGACUUGGCGGUUGCAAAGGGGUCCUUGUAGUAGACCCCAAUAUCAAGAAGGUCGAGACGGGUGAAGCCGGAUUUCAGGUUUGUAUCAGACCAAGUCAACGUAAAUUCGACGCGGACCACAAUUCCCUUGAGAUUAUCAGAUAUUCAGAUUUUUCAGUUGCUACAUUGAAUCGGCAGCUCAUCCAAGUUCUUUCAGACCUGGGAUUGGAAGACACGGUAUUCCUCGACAAACUCCACAGCCAGUUGAGAGAUCUCAACCUUGCAAUGGAAGAUAAGGAGGCGGCUCGCAAAAUAUUAAUGAAAAACGUUGACGCCAACGGAGGAACCAUCCAGAUCGCCGGAUUACUUAGUGAUGGAUUUAUGACUUCACAAGAGCCCUUCGUUCAAUGCCUCCUCCACCUCUGGAGGGCAUGGUCCAUCAAGAUGUUAAAAGAAAAAGCCCGCAUCACUAUUGAGAAUGGUUGUUUCUUAUUAGGGGUGGUUGAUGAGACAGGAAUUUUGAAAGGGCAUUUCGACAAAGAACAUGAGGAACUAAAAAAGUCACGGGCCAAUGGAGAAGCAUUGCGAUGUGAUCUACUUCCUGAAAUAUUCGUACAAAUUCCGGACUAUGAAAACAAGGGCCACUAUAAAAUCAUCCAGGGGCCUUGUCUCCUCGCCAGAAAUCCAUCACUACACCCUGGAGAUCUUCGAGUUGUCAACGCUGUUGACUGCCCAGACCUUAGGCAUCUUAGAAACGUGGUUGUGUUUCCACAAACCGGCGAUAAGCCAAUUGCAAACAUGUGCUCCGGUGGCGACCUUGACGGUGACGACUACAUCGUUAUUUGGGAUGGGACUUUUAUUCCUCCCAAAGUGAAUGAAUCGCCUAUGGACUACACGCCUCCAAAGCCUGUGGAAGCGAAAAGUGGAAAUGUCACACUCGAAGAUAUCAGAAAGUUUUUUGUAAGGUAUAUGAAAAACGACACUCUAGGAACCAUUGCGAAUGCUCACCUAGCAACCGCCGAUCGAUUGCCAGCCGGAGUCUUUUCGCAAGAAUGCGUAGAGUUGGCGGGGUUGCAUUCCCUUGCGGUGGAUUUUCCAAAGACUGGGGUUGAUGCGAAAAUGCGAAAGGAGCUACGAAUCAGGGACUGGCCCCAUUUCUUCGAAAAGCACAUAGGGACGAAGAAAAGGUUUUAUGUUUCCUCAGAGAUCCUCGGGCAACUUUACGAUGCUGUCGAGAAGGUCGCAUUUCGUCCGGAAGAAUGUGCUAAGGACCUCAAAUUUGAUGGUCGUAUCCUUACGGCGUUCAACGACAUCAAUGAAAAACACCUCAAUAUGGCCCGAGACCUGAAGGCCAAAUAUGACGCAGCGAUCCGAAGACUCAUGGCACAGAAUGAUAUUAAGACUGAAUUUGAGAUCUGGUCGACCUUUGCCCUUAGCCAUGCAUUAAUAGGGAGUGAUUACAAGUUUCAUGAGGAUAUGAAAGAGAUGCGAGACGGGCUGAUGGACCGCUUUGAUCAGGAAAUAAGGGUGGAAAUUCGAACUGAGGACGAAUAUACGUUGGGCCGCUUCGUGGCCGCUAUUUAUCAAAUCACCAACGAAGAAUAUACUCGGGCGGUGGAGAAUGGAGAGCCAAUGCCUCUAAUAUCUUUUCCGUGGGUUCAUGACGAGCUCCUGGGGAAGAUCGCAAUGAGUCAAGGCGUCUUCAUAAGGGAUCCAGACACAGGCUUUUGUAAAGAGCCAAGACCUGAACAUGCUUUACCGUACAGAAGGAGGUUCUGGGGAGGGCCUCAGGGUUCUGGGAAGCCAAAAGCCAAUGGGGGGGAGAAACGAAAGGGUACCAAUCGGGUAAUAGUGAAAGAUAAAAGGGAUAACAACGAAGGGAAGGCUAAGGAGGAACAAAAAAAUGAGAUAGAGGAUACGGAAGGGAAUUCUUGGGGAGCAGGGCUUCCUCCUAUGGUUACUUUCGAUAAAUUGUCGUUGGAAGAUAUGUUGGCCAAGAAGCCAGCUCCUCAGCUCCCUGAAUCUGGUUCCAAUUUCGAAAGAGAUGAGGAUGACUAG